AUGAUGGAAAGAAGGGAAGACCAAGGAAAGCGGCUUGCCCGCUUUCUUCCUAUGAUUGUGAUAUGCAGCGUCAUGGCCAUUCUAUAUACAGUUUACUUGCUGUAUCAUUGCCUGCCAAUGUUUCAAUUUGAGGUGCCUCCCGAGUAUCGCGACCGUGGAGCUAUUGCAGUAGGAGCACUUCACUUCUUCGUUGCUCAUGCUGGAAUUGCUAUGGUUUUAUGGUCGUUCUACAAAACGUAUUCAACUGAUCCAGGGCGUAUUCCAGACACUCACGAGUGGGAGAGGCAGCCAAAUCCUAGUCUCAUCACGGAGAGGAAGCGAGACGGCGGAGCUAGAUACUGCCACAAAUGCUCCAAGUAUAAACCCGACCGCUGCCAUCAUAGCAGCAACAGUGGUCGUUGUGUCCUGAAGAUGGACCAUUACUGCCCAUGGGUUGCAAACGACGUCGGAUUCUUCAACUACAAGUUUUUCUUUUUGACUCUGCUAUACAGUGGCGUAACGCUGAUAUUUGUGUGUUAUACCAUGGCGGCCACCGUCAGGGCUUCUAUUGACGACUCUAACAUUUCCUUCGAGCAAGUUUUCUUCACGUUCCUCGGGACUGCAUUGAGUUUCUUCAUGCUCGCCAUUGUUCUACCUUUCUGCAUCUUCCACUGCAUGCUCAUCACUACUAACUGCACAACCAUCGAGUUCUGCGAAAAACGCCGCACAGGGCGGCCAAAUCCCUACGAUGUCGGCCUCGCUGGGAAUCUAAAGCAAGCUCUGGGGGACCAACUCCUUCUUUGGCCAAUACCUGUUGGUGGGCCGAGCGGCGAUGGAAUAUCGUUCCCUCGCAACCGUUAG